AUGACGAUAAUUCAAAAGGAAUGCGUGUUUAUCAAAAGAUUCAAAACAAUCCAAGGUCGUUCUCGUUUCCCCAGACAAGCUGGAAAAAACACCUUCUGGCUCUUUACAGAGUAUAGAUCAGACAGGAUAGAUGAAUACAAUAAAAUCUUGCAGCUGGAGAUUUCAAAGAAGGAAAAACCCAGAAAACAAUCCAAAGAUGCUAUGUUUCAACUUCCAGCAAUCAUCAAAGAAAUCCCUCACCGAGAAUCAAUCCUUCGCAUUUUACCCACUGCAGGAAAUAGCUUUAUGCUUAUGGGACAGGAUGGUCUGAUUUCCUUCUGGUCAUCAGCGCUGAAGUUUAAGAAAAGUAGAUCUCUCUUUCUACAGGAAGAAAACAGAAAGUUUAAAUGGAUCACUGACUUCACUCUAAUUAAUCAAUACAACAAAUUGAUGAUUGGAACAUGUGAUCGAGAAAUCCGCAUCUAUGAGCUCUCCAAUUUUGAACCCUAUUGCCAAAUAAUCGGCCUUGAUUCUAUGCCUCUUCGUCUGGAUUACAGUCCCACGGGAGAGGAUCAGUGCAUAAUUCUAUAUGGUGAUGAACAGGGAUGUGUCCACAUCUUCCUGGUGUCACUGAUGAAGGAAUGCCUGAGGAAUUGGUCAAAGGGACCAACAGUUGAUGGAAUUCCAAGUGUUACUAUUGAGAAACUCACACUUGGCAGGCAAAUCACCUAUAUAUGUUGGAAAGUUCACGAUGACUGGGUGACUGAGGUUAAAUACAUACGUUCUGUUAAAGCAGUUAUAUCAAGUUGCAAUGAAGAGGAAACUGCAUUAGUUAUAGAUUUUGUUAAAAUUGGAAGCAGUAUGGAUCAGAAAACACGGAUGAUGAGUGAACAACAUUUAGAAUAUGGGCAAACGAAUAUUGCAUGGGAAAAAGUGUUUGGAUGUGUCAGGAGCACAAAGAACUUUCAGCAGAAGAUGAAUGAAAUUCAAGAUGCCUUUCACAAUAGGAAUGGCCAACCUCAGCCAACAGUGGCCGUGCAGCAGAAGAGAUUGAGCUGCGAUGAGACAGUAUUUAUUAUUUCAAAAGGAGCAAAAACCUUUGAUUUUUGCAAAGAAAAUAAUUUGGUUGCUACUGGUGGACUAGACAAAAUUGUUCGACUCUGGAACCCUCAUCUCCCCCGACGACCAAUUGGUAUGCUACAAGGACACAGUUCACCCGUUAUCUUUCUCAAUAUUGAUGAAGGAACUCAUAGACUAUUUUCAAUUGCAUUGGACAAGAUAAUUAAGGUAUGGGAUAUUGAAGAUCAAAUAUGCCUCGUUACUGUGAAACCUAUUACGAGCAAAAUCAGUGGGGAUCUGGCUGCUUGUUACUAUUCUCAAGAACUGAAGGCACUCUAUCUUGCAACUGAUGCACUUGCACUGCUCCGACUCCAAAGCAGUGAGGAACAGAAUAAAGGUGUAUCACACAAUGAACCGGUUCUAUGCUGUCUUUACAAUAAGUUAAUGAGACAAAUAGUCACUUGCUGUGAAGAAUCUGUUGUGAAAGUGUGGGAUUUGGAUACUGGCUCCCCUGUACUCGAAUUCACCACAGCUCAUGGAGAUGCUGCAAUCACAUGCAUGACUUUUGACAUCAGUGAAAGAAGGCUGAUAACAGGUAGCAGAGAUGGAAGUGUGAAGAAGUGGAACUAUCAGAAUGGGCAAUGUAUACAGACUUUGAAACAAGUUGGGAAUAGGACUGAAGAAGUUACUGACUGCAUUUACACUGAAAUAUUUAAAAAUGGAUAUAUCAUAUCUGUUGGUUGGGACAAAAGAAUCAAUGUUUUCCCGGAUAUUCAAGAUAAUUGUGAUACUCAGUACCCAUUACUCCACUGGGAGAAGGAGACUAUAAUAGCAGCAGUUUUACAGGAUGCACUAAAGAAACUCACUAAAAUUCCUGAGACAGCACUGUCCAAACCCACAAACGUUACCAGCUAG